GGUAAUGCACAUUCACGCUUGUGCCACCCGCCAUAAAACAGAAAAGAAGAAGAAGAAGAAGAAGAAGUAGUAAACAAGAGCUGCACAUUAAUGUAGACCGAACUGCUGAAAACCGAGCCAACGCAACUUGAAUUUAAAGGUGCUGUUUGACGGCGUCAUGAGUCCAGCGCAAUGGGAUCUUCCUCCAGAGCUGUGCUGCCGGCCCAUGGCCUUUGUGGCUCUGACAGGUCUGGAUGUGAUUUAUAAUGCCAUCCACAGAGCCAUAUGGGAUGCAUUCUGUACCAACCGGCGGGCAGACAGAGUGCCCAUCUCUUUCAAAGUUUUGGCAGGAGACCACGAGUAUCCAAAGUGCAGGACUAAGAGGACAUCAUAUGAGUGGUAUAUCCCUAAAGGCAUUCUGAAGACGGGCUGGAUGAACAAACAUCUCAACCUGGUGCCCGCACUGGUCGUGCUGUUUUAUGAGCUGGACUGGGACGAUCCACAAUGGAAGGAAAAGCAAUCGGAAUGUGCAACCAAAGUGGAAAUCGUCAGAACAAGUUUGCAAGGCAGAAAUACGAAAGUCGCUGUGGUUUUGAUUCAGAAGAAGACUCCUCUUCCACCAGGUGAAGAUCUGGUGGCAUCUGAGAUGGCUUCUACUCUGUGUAGUGCCUGUGACCUUUCUGGCAAGUCCCUGUUUGUCCUGCCCCAUACUGACCACCUGGUGGGAUACAUCAUCAGGUUGGAGAAUGCUUUUUACGAACACGCACAGACCUACUAUUACAAUGAGAUUCGGCGAGUGAAAUCGCACAAGGAGUUCCUCAACAAAACUACACACCGGCUGCUGUUUGUCAGGCACCAGUUUAAGAUGGGUUUCUUCAGUGAACUAAAGCAGGACACUCAGAAUGCCCUAAAAUAUUACAGGACUGCUUACAGCCUCGUCCAUGAACUCCGAGCUCAUGAGACGAACGUGCUUGAGAUCAAGACCAUGGCUGGAUUCAUCAACUACAAGAUCUGCAGACUGUGCUUUCAGCAUAACACCCCCUUGGAUGCCAUCGCUCAGUUCCGCAAACACAUCGACCUGUGUAAGAAGAAGAUUGGUAGCGCUGAGCUGGCAUUUGAGCACACUGCCUGGAUGUCCAAACAGUUUCAGUCGUUUGGUGAUUUGUUUGAUGAGGCCAUUAAACUGGGCCUCGCAGCAAUCCAGACCCAGAACCCAGGCUUCUAUUACCAGCAGGCUGCAUCCUAUGCACAGGAGCGCAAGCAGCAAGCGGGGCAGCUCUGCAAUCAUGUGCCGGGUGUGGGCUACCCUGCACCUGACUCACUGGAGAGCCACUCCGGAGCUCUAGACUUCUACGGACAGAGACCCUGGAGACAGGGACAUCAGAGCAUUGAUCCUCCUGACCCUGAGAAAGAGAAACAAGGCAUCCUUGCUCUUCAAGUGAAGGAGAGAGUUGUGCUUCAUUCGGAGUUGAUCAUUGCUCUCCUCAGUAAUGCUGUCACCCAGUUUAAGAAGUACAAGUGUCCUCGAAUGAAGAGCCAUCUCAUGGUUCAGAUGGGUGAGGAAUAUUAUCAUGCAAAAGACUACACCAAAGCAUUAAAGCUGUUAGAUUAUGUGAUGUGUGACUAUCGUACGGAGCGCUGGUGGUCUCUGCUCACGUCGAUCCUGUGCACGGCUCUGAAGUGCUCUUACCUCAUGGGUAAGGUCAAGGAUUACAUCACCUACUCUUUGGAGCUGGUGGGCAGAGCCUCUAUACUUUCUGAAGAGCAGAAGUCCAGGAUCGAGAAAAAUCUGAUUAAAGUGCUCAUGAAUGAAGUCCCGGAGCCUGAAUCAGACUGUGACAUAGUCUCAGUAAAGGCGGCCCAGUCUCUCUGGAGUGACCGCAUCUCUCUGGCCGGCAACAAUGAGAUUACCAUUGAUGUCCAGGACUAUGUGCCCUUUGUUCAGUGCAAAGCCAAGUUCCUGUCUCCUAGUUUCCACAUUGAUGAACCUGUCCAGCUACACGUCUAUUUAAGAGCUGACUGCCCACAUCCUGUGCGCUUCUCAAAGCUGUGUGUCAUCCUAAGCAACCAGGAGUAUAAUCAGUACUGCUCGCUGGAGGACGCCUCGAAAGAUAAGGAUAUACUAGAGCUUUCCACCCAGGAGAACAUGUGUUUUGUUCCCGGAAAAACCCGCAAGUACUGCUUCAAAUUUGUAGCCAAAACUGAAGAUGUUGGAAAGAAGAUAGAGAUCACGUCUGUGGGGCUUAUGUUAGGAAGAGAGACGGGUCGUUACGUGUAUCUGAACUGGCGGGGCGGCUGGGGGGAUGCGGCCUCCUCCCAGGAGGCUUUACAGGCCUUCCGCUCCUUUAAAAAGAGAUCAUGCCUCCCAAAACAGCAAGUGGACUGGGACACUGUGUCCAUACAGUCUAGCACUAUGAUCAUAUCUCGAGUGCCCAGGAUCUCUGUACAGUUGACCCACGAGCCUCCAGCACUGACCAAUGAGAUGUACUGCAUGACUGUCACCAUCCAAUCAGAGGAGGACACUGUGGCCAAAGACAUCAAACUCACUGCUGGCCUCAAACCAGGUCAAGAUGCCAAUCUCACACAGACAACCCAAAUCACUCUAAAUGGGUCUGAGGUGUGUGAUGAUUCUCACCCCGCCCUGCUUCCUGACAUUCCGCUUGGUGACUUGCAGCCUGGCCAGAAGAUUGUGAAGCCCCUGUAUAUCCACUGUGUGAGCACUGGAUCCAGAAUAUUCUUGUUUCAUGUGGGUUAUUCGGUUAGUGCCACGGUUGAAGGCAAAGACAUCACCUGCAAAUGUCAUAAAGAUGAAACUGUUACAGUAGAAACGGUUGUUCCCUUUGAAGUGGCUGUAAAGUUUGUGUCCAGUAAGUUUGAGCAUUUAGAGCGCGUGUAUGUGGACAUCCCAUUCCUGCUGAUGAUGGAUACUUUGAGCGCAUCACCGUGGCCAAUUGAGCUGGUGAACAGUGAAGUACAGCUAGCCUCCAGUAUGACAGCCCUUGAUCAGUCCCAGAGUCAAGUGGAAGGAGUCACACUGCAGACUAGCGAGUGUGCAAGUGAAUGUUUCCUGCUCAAAUGUCCUCCUGUUCAAAAUGGCACCAGCACUGUGGCCUCUGGACAGUACACCAUCUCCUGGAAGAGAAAGUCAGCACUUACUGAGACAUUAGUGGUGAGAACAAACAUUACUCUGCCACAUGUGAAUGUAGAGAACGUCCCCAUGUAUGUGCACGCAGAGUUGCCCUCAUUCGGUCGUGUGCGUGAGUCUUUACCUGUUCGGUAUCAUCUGGAGAACCGCACGGGGUUGGUUCAGGAUGUCGAGAUCAGCGUGGAGCCCAGCGAUGCUUUCAUGUUUAGUGGACUCAAACAGGUGCGAAUGAGGAUCUUGCCAGGUGCGGAGCAGGAGAUGUUAUAUAAUUUCUAUCCUCUGAUGGUGGGAUAUCAGCUCCUCCCUCAACUAAACAUAAACCUGCUGCGCUUUCCAAACAUCUCCCCUCAACUACUGCGCCGCUUCCUGCUUUCACGCAUCUUUGUCAAGCCUCAGGGCAGAAAUGGAGACACUUCCAUCGAAGCGGCAUGAGGAAGAGACGAGCUCAUCACCCAACUCUGAGGCGUUGUCAUGGUUACGGUUGCAGGAUGAAGGCUGAACAUUCCUCAGAGAACUUGCGUUUACAGCUUAAUGAUUUGAACUUCUAAAUGAAAUACUAGAAAUGUAUAUUUAAUUAUUGUGUGAGUGUUCUAAAUUGUUGUUUGCAAAUAAUGUCUGCAUAACAUUUUUUAAUCAAGCUUCAGAUUUCAUCGACAGUCGUGCUGUCUAACCUCUUAACGAUUAAUAAUAAUGAUCUUGUAACUAAAACAUUCUAAAUAAUCUUAAAGUAAUUAAACUGACAUAGCACUCAUUGUUGUCAUUUAGCAAUGGAAAUUAAUUGAACUUUUUUGUUUGUCAUGAAGCUGUAGGUUGUUGUGUAUAAUGGAUGUGAUCGUGUCCCUCAAGUUUAUUUUAUAAAUGCUAGGCUGUCACACGUGGUUGUACUUGUUAUAUCAAUUGUUUACAUUACAAAACCUGGUAUAACUGACAGUGAGGGAGAGCUUAUGGGUCAUUCUGAUGACCAUUAACAGGAUUUGUGCGAUUUUUCUUUUUUUUAAAUUAGAAAGAAAGCAUCUUCCAUCAACAUCCACGGUCCUUCUCUGAGUGAAACACUUGAAGGAUGGAUGGGGGAAAUCAACCAGACAAUAAUCGUGUCCAAAAACUGAUCAGUGUCUUUACAGGUCAUGCCCAGGUCCUUCCUACUUCACACAUUUUUAGACUGCAGGAAUACCAUGAUGAAGGUGCAUGUGUACAGUAUGUUAUGCCCUUGUGACUUCUGCAGGUUGCACACACUCUUUAACAAUGUAUUCCUACUGAGGAUGGUAGCAAACACUUUUCUAUUGUCAGAGGGGAAAAAAGUUCCAUGCAAUUUCACAGGCCUUUGUGUUUUGAUUUGUUUUUCUUGGGAACAAAGUGAGGAUAAAUCUCCUCUGAUUAGUUAGUAGAUAAACAGUUUAACAGAAACUAACAUUUGUGAUCUUUGUAUCCAAAACAUGCUGUAAAAUCAUUACUUGAGGACUUUAGAUUUUAGGAAUAGUUCACCCAAAAAUGAAAAUUAUCUCAUCAUUUACACACCCUCAUGCAAAUCGGAUGGCAAUCAUAUUUGUGUAUGAAUAACUUUGUUCUGCAGAACACAAAAAAUAUUUUUAGAAGAAUAUUUCAGCUCUGUUGGUCCUUACAAAGCAAGUCAACAUAGUCCACAACUUUGAAGUUCCAAAAAGCACAUAAAAGAAAUCCAUAAGACUCCAGUGGUUAAAUCCUUGUCCUCAGAAGCGAUAUGAUGGGUGUGGGUGAGAAACAGAUCAAUAUUUAAGUCCUUUUUCACUCUAAAUCUCCACUUUCACAUUAUUUUCGGUUUUUCACUAUUUUGUUUUUGGUGAUUUGCAUUCUUUGUGCUUUUCACCACAUAUACCUACCUUAAUGGUAAAACAAAACCACUUGAGUCUUAUGGAUUACUUUUAUGCUGCCUUUAUUUGCUUUUUGGAGCUUCAAAGUUUUAGACCUUGUUGACUUAUUUGUUACUUUAUUGUAUGGACCUACAGAGCUGAAAUAUUCUUCUAAAAAUCUGUGUUCUGCUGAAGAAAGUUAUACACAUCUGGGAUGGCGUGAGUGUGAGUAAAUGAUAAGAGAAUUUUCAUUUCUGCAUGAACUAUUCCUUUAAAGGAAAUGUACUCCGAAAUGUAAAAAUAUAGACAUCAUUAUGUUGUUACAAGCCAGUUUGACUAUACUUACUUUUGUAAAACAAUUGAAAGAUUUUUAGUAGAAUUCCAAGAUGCUUCUUUAACCAAAACACUUUAUAUGCUACCUGCUAUCACAUUUAGGAGAUUAAAAAUAAAUAAAUAAUACGAAAAUUUGGGUGUUGAGUUUCUAACAUGCACACAAAUGAUUUUGUUCCCAAGGUGAUAAGUCUCUUUGUUCUUAUAUUUUCUUAAUACUUCAUAUUUCAGAUUGGCUUACAACACCCUUUUUGUCUUCCAUUUAAACAUCUUGCUUGC